UAAUCUCAGGAUGGUGAAAUAGUUGGUAAAUCACGUGAUCUCACGUGACGUCACGUUAAAAUGGUGUUAAGAGGGUUUCUACUGCUCCAGGCCAUCAGUUCUAUAUUAUGUGAAAAUGGGUACUUUAACGGCAUGUACUUUGGGGCAGCAUCAGCUCUCUACAUUGGGAUGGACCAUUUCAAGGUUCCAUGUUAUAAAUACGAAUGUUGUACAGUAGGGACAGGGCGAGUACACUGGAUACAUAACGAUGUUACAAAGCUGGAUACUCUGCUGGAAAAGAAGUUGUUUGGACAGCACAUUGCUACCAAGAUCCUACACCAUCAACUAGGAGCAUUCCUGCUAGAACCCAAACCAGAGAAACCGUUUGUAGUUCACAUUUCGGGGAAGACAGGAACUGGAAAGAACCACAUUUCUAACCUCAUAGCACAGGCAAGGUACGCAGAGGGUGUGGAAAGUAAAUAUAUAUUGAAGAUAAUUGGAACUCACAAGUAUGGUUCACUGGACCACGACACAGCUACAAAAUUAAUGAAAAAAGAGGUGGCUGAGCACGUAAGGAAAUGUAAACACGCGCUGGUGAUCAUUGACGAGGCCGAGAAACUUCCAGAAGGAACUCUAAACGCUAUCAGCCCCUACUUGGAUAAAAACGUGGCUAUAGAUGGAGUGGAUUACAGAAACACCAUCUUUGUAUUUCUCUCUAACACUGCUGGUAACGCUAUAAGAAAUUACACUGAGACGCAGUUGGAGGCAGGUAGACAGAGAGAGGAUAUAGCUGUGCUGGAAAUGGAGAAUCUUAUACAGGAACACUUGUACAAUUCGGGUGAGUUGAAACACAGUUCGCUCAUAUCCCGGUACCAGUUAGAUGCCUUUAUUCCAAUGCUACCUUUAGAAAAGAGACAUGUUCAGCAGUGUGCUGAGGAACAGUUGAAACAACGUCGUAACAAGUGUGGUUGUGGAGACGACCCCUCUUGUAUCUCCACUCGAGCAAACGAAAUAGCCAACCAAAUAGACUAUUCAGGAAGAUUUAGCAGAAGUGGCUGCAAGAAAAUAUUGACUAAAGCAAACUUGGUGUGCCCGUUAGAUCGCAAAAGUGAAUUGUGAAAGUUUUGUCAGAGUUUUUAUCGUUUGAAUUUUCGUUAAUACGUUUACAGUAAAUCGGGGUUUUACUGUAUCAGUAUUUAAUCUCAAUAUUUAUUUUACAUUCAAUAUGGUUACUGAGGUAUUUUAUUUCCAAGUUAAAA